AUGCCACAGCCACCUGGUAUGCCGCGUAAACCGGGUACCCCUGCGGCUGGGGGCGGAUCUAUCUUGACACCUCAAGCAGUAGCAGGAGGCACUCAAACCACUACGUCAAGUUCUACCGUCAGUAGUGAAACCAAUUCAAAGAAUACAAACCCGGGAGGAGGAGGGUUUGCCCCUCCACUAGAACAAGUUGCGCCACCAGGUGCUGUAACAUCUUCUGGACAAGUUGCGCCACCAGGUGCUGUGGCAUCUUCUGGAGGAGGAGCACCAGUAGUUCCCUCUGUACCUCCCGUGACCUCUGGAGUCGGAGGCGAUCCUUUUGAUCCUACGAAUAUGGUAUCUGCUGGACAAGGCGUGGGAUAUGGAGGACAGGCGUCUGGUGGUGUUGGUACUGCCACCUCUAGAGGAUCUCAUUCUCAAAGGCCGGUGAUGACAGAUCCGACAGUAAAUGCAGCUAGCAAUCCUUUUGGACAUGGUACUACUGGUGUGCCUCCGACUAGCAGUCCCUUUGAAUCGGCAGGAGGAGGAGAAAAUCAACAGUCUCAGGCUCAAAUUAUCCCAGGAGGACAACAAAUACCAGGACAAGGGCAGAUACCCGGACAGCCGUUUGGGGUUCAGCAGGGCGCUCCACCAGAAAUAGUUUCCGGAGUUCAACAAGGCCUACAACAACCCCAUCAACCACCACAUCACCCACAACCUCCUUCCGCGCAAGCUGGAGGAGGAGGAAUGCCACUACAAGAGCUGCAGCAAUUUCCGCACCAACCGCAGGUGCCCGGAGGUCCUUUUCCUCCCCAACCAGCGCCUCCACCGCAUCACACUCCACCUCCAGUUGCGAGUGUUGAUACUACAACAACUACAGCACAACUUGUUUCAUCUGCAAAUACGGCGCUGCUUCCCGGAAAGGCAGAGGACCCUUCUCGCGGGACACGGCCAGGAGUACCUGCAGCUUUCGGCUUUGGAGGUCAGCUCUUUACCCGCUCUGGUGGUGGUGUCAAGGAAUACCAGUUGGGGAAGACCUUUCUUCGCAAGACAGUACCGAAACUCUAUACUAGCGUGGAAGACUAUCCAGGCCCUUUGGGGCAAACCAACAAGGAAACAACAGCGAAAUUGAUGGAGUACGUAAGAGAUCAAGCGGGCCCAGUGGAAGUGAUCGUGCAGGAAAUGAUGUCAUCUACGACGGUCGGGACCAAUACUAAUGCUAAUACUAGCACCUGUACUAGUACCAAGAAGGGUACCUACUCCACCAAAGCGCUGUGGUUGUACCUAUCAGGGCUACUAGAGACUCAAGGCCGCUUGCUGGAGGCUGCCGAGAAGUUCACGAGUGUGUUCCGAGACCAAAUGUUGGAGAAACUACAGGUAUUGACGUUGGAAUCUACAAAAAAAACCGUACCACCUACAUUCAUAAGUCUAAGUAUGCCUAGUGCUGCUCUACUAGAUGUACUGUUUAGUCAUCAGUCAUCAUCACAAAUAUACCUAUGUAUAAUGUAUGGAAUCUAGUUAGGGUGUGCUCCACCGAUAAUGUAUGUAAAAAUGUUCUCACGAAUGAUAAACUCCACAGGAUCAACAACAGCUAUCAUCGCUUCAAAAAUUUGCGAGGCUUUUAGCAUUCGGAGGGUAUCAGGGUGCCUUGGAACUUGCGGCCACGGAACAGCUGUGGACUCACGCUCUCUUAGUAGCGCCUAUGGUGUCGGCUGAGGUACUAGAGUGAAAUUAUUAUCUUGAGCAGAAGUCUGGUACUGUGCAGGUGGGUGUACUUGGAGAAGUAGAUAAUUGUAGUUCAUGAGAGCAGAAGUCUGGUACUGUGCAGGGUGUACUUGGAGAAGUAGAUAAUUGUAGUUCAUGAUUUUUAACUAGGAGGUUGUGUUCUAGAAAAACGAAAAAUAGCAGGAGAUAACUAGGAGGUUGUCUUCUAGAAAAACGAAACUGUUAAACAGGAGAGCCUGAAGAACAACAUAAGCAUCAACAAGCGUGAUCCGAUCACCAGUUGUAGACGGAGAAAUAUUAGCGACCACCUGGGGAGGAUCUUCCCCUUCAUGGUGGAGGCUGUUUCUCAAAUUUGCACGGUUUCUGUGCGUGAAACUCGCCAUCAGCACGGUCCUACAAUCACACACACUCUUAUUCCUCCCCACAAGAACCAAUCACACCACAGGCCUACAACCAUACGGUGAGUCUGUUCUGCCAGGGAUUGCAGAUGAGUGGUGAUGGGGGUCCCAAAACGUCGCCUCCCAAAACGAACACUGAACCAGGAGACAUGAACGAUCCUUUCGUGAUUGCUUUAUUCGCCAUCUAUGAGGUAGUGGCUGCGUCUUCAAUUAAGGCUCAACUUUUAGAUUGGUGUCACCACUUAGGUUGGAGGGUCACUGACACCGAAGAGUAGACCCCCUGAGAGAACAGGGGAAAACUAAGGGAAAACAAGGAGAGAGGGAAAACUAAAGGGAAAACCUUCCCGUUCAGAAUCAGUGACCACUUCUGAGUGUCGACCUUUAAUUCGCGCAGUAUGUCGCAAGGUCCUGGCGCAGCUCAACAGGGUCCUCCGGAUGGCAACACCAACAGCGGUGCCUCGUCUACUUCGGCUAUCCAAGAGGUUGUAUCCGGUUGCCUAAAACGAUUAGAAGAGCUACGCGGAAGUCCAGCUUUGAUGACCGCAAGUCAUGUUAAGGCUCCUUUAGCACAAAAUUGCUUCAUCAUAGAUAUGAAUUUCAUUCUUAGAUCAUGUUGACGUGUCUUAUUGUUCAUUCUCAUAAAUGAGGUGUCUUCGUAUAGUGCUUCGUAUUAGCAGGCUCGACUCCUUUUUCAAGGGAAAGAGACGUGGUCAGGACGAGUAGAAGACUCCUGUUUCUUCACAAGAUGGAGAUGAAUACCAAAAAUACUUAGGUACUAUCCUCUAUGGGAACGAAUCAUGGGUCCUCGUAAGGUCUUCUAAUCGCGAUACUUUGUAUCUCACGUUUCUCUCUGUCUCGCUGUUGCGAUCCAAAUAUAAGGGCGUUUUAGAGACCGUGUUAUGUCGAAUAGCGAGUCACUUGGGGUUGGAGUUGGACGACGCUCCGAUGGCCCAUCUGAACUACCUCUUUGCCGCGGCGCACUCACCGGCAGGACCGAAAGGAACAUUAAGGCCGCUUGAUACAAGUCAUUUCCGAGAGCUUCUGUAUCUGUGUGUUUGUUUCCUGUGGGAUUCUGAAGAAAUGACUUCCCUCUGUUGACUUCCUUCAUCUUGGGACUCCUGCUCUGAAGAAAUACUUACUACUUCUAAUAAGGGAACAAGAAGUGUAAGUGUAAGUGAAUUGUUUUGAGUGCUACCUCUAAGAACAACAAAUUUGCUGCAGCCUUUAGACCAUCCGAGUAGUCGAAUGGGGCUUCUCGGUGUCGAGCACAAACGAACUGAAAACUUCGCCAGACUGUUGGAGUUUCAGCCACUGCAGUUGUCCGAAAUCUUGGAAUAUGCCAUACGAUUGGAAAACGCUCAGAAUUAUGACUGAAGUUGUAUGUUGUUUUAAUAGUUUUGCUUUUGAACUUUGUUGUGUUACAGAUUUGCUUUUCUUGUAGGUAGUUCUAGUGUUUAGAUAUUUUGUUCUUGUACUGCUGCUCUAGGUGGUGAAUGCUUGCUAGUGCUGUUUUGUUGCACUCCUCAUACUCUGGAUGAUCGCCUUACCUUUUGUUCAAUGAAUGGAGGUUUAUUACAACGUGCUCGUUAUUAACAGUUCAAGUGUUCUGUUGAAUGAUGACUGUAUAGGUCAACAAUAGGCAUAGCGGAAGACGCUAACCGCUUCUCCUUCUAAUCUCUUCUCCUCUUCUCGAUCCAGCCGUUCAAACUGGCUUAUGCGAUUUCGUUAUCGGAUAUGGGCCUCAACGUCACCGCCAAUCGGUACCUCACUCUGCUGAAUGACUUCAAGAAAGCGGUGCCUGCAUCCAAGUAUUCAGACGCUUUCCGCACUCUCAAUCGGGAAUUCAAAGAACGACUCAACUUAAGGCUUCCCCUAAUCGUCCAUCUUCUGAUUCAGAAGUUCUGAAGCAUCCUGAAGCUGCUGCCCCACAAGGGGGAAGGAGCAUCAGCAUGCAUCUUGAGUUAGUAUUUCAUCUCCCGGCUUUUUUCUUCUUAAUCUAAUGGUAGUAGUAGCUGCGUCUGCGGCAAUUGUCUUUAUACCUUCUUAAUCUUGUAUUAAGAUAGGGAGAAGCCCGUAGGCAAAGGCAUCAAGAAAGAAAUGCUACUUUGAGCUCUAAUCAAUGCCGAAUCCGGAGGGGCUCUUUCGCGCACAAGCAGUGCGCCAGACAAGCCAGGAGGUUCGUUGUUUGGCGGUGGUGGCAUCUUCAACAAAGUCCUAGAGACUACAGGCUUGAAAACGAAGCCACUGGGAGAACCAAGUCUACCCGCCACCGGUAUGCAGCCAGGAAACAAUACCAACGGUGCUGGUAGUAUGCCUAUAGUACCAAGUACUGCUGCUUCUACCACGACUGCUUUUACUAUGAUUAAGGCUACAUCAAGAAAUCCAUCUUCCCCAGCAUCUUGGGCCGCCCAUUUUUCAACAGGGAACUAACGGCUCCUCAAGAUGCUGCUGAAGAUGGAACUCGCUUGAUUCUUCUAAUAUGAAUAAUACCUCCACGAGGACUUCCACUGCUACGACUGGUGCACCCAAGGAUGCGAUGAGCAACAUGUUCCAACCAACUCCGCCAGGUGGAACCCACUCCGCUAAAGGAGGUGGCACGAUGAAUGGAGCACCAGCACCUCUCCCACCAGCUUCAACGCAGCAGCAGCAACAACAACCUAAUCCUAGCCCAAGGAUUGUGAAUCAUACUAUGCCUGUACAACAACUAGGAACAACUACAACAUUACCACCAACUGCAGGUGGAUCUUUAGUGACGCCUCAUCCGCCAGGUCCUGGAGCAUCGCAAGGAGGGUACCAACCUCCAACGCGGGUCACUCCGAAAAUUACGUACUCCCAAUUUGAUUCAUUUCUACAAGUCAACAUUUCUCAACACUGUCUGGGUCCCUCUGAGGAAGAUGAGAAAAGGGAAGCAAGAAAUGAAUGCUUCUGCGCUUAUCUAAGAAAAUGCCAGUGGCGACAGCAUCGCCUUUUGGAGAUGGUCAGACCGUAGUGCCUCCAGCUGCAGGGACCACAUUAGCUUCAGGCUAUCAUGGCAUGCAGCAGGGUGGACCACCGGCUUAUCCUGGAGCAGGCACCACAAAUAUGCAGCCACCACCAUCUUCUGCGCAACAUCAUCAUGUUCCAAAUAACAGCUAUAAUCAGCCACCCCAUCUUCAAGCGAAUACCAGCAUGUAUCCACCUCCACCAGGCCAAUCGAACUUUGGCGGUCCUCCACUUCCGACACCAGGAGCUGCAAAUGGGUAUCAGCAGGGUGGUCAUAUUCCGGCUCCUCCAGCUGCAUCCUAUCCUCCAGCACCUCCCACCAAUCAUAUGUACAGCAAUCACGUUGACAGCAACAUGAUGUACAACCCACAUCAACAAGCAAACGGAACAUCCAUGUAUAGUGGAGGUGGUCAGCACACUGCCAAUCCAGGAAGCAAUAUUAAUUAAGGCCAAUCCUCUUGGAUAAAUACUACAAUUCAUCUUCGUUCUCAAAGCCAAUUUUGUACAUUCUUAGGAGUAUGUAGGUGGGCAUGGGAGUAGAACAUGACUUCCAACAGCGUGUCCGCUGGGCUAUUUAGAAAUUUAGAAGAGGUCAACGUCUACUACAAGAAUACCAUGAGAUCACUUACCACCUGGGUUUACAACUUUCAAUAUAUAUUUAGAAGAGGCAGCACAUCAAUCAAUCAAUCAAUCUCUAAGAUAAUAUGUACAACAGCGACAGAAAUGGCGCAUUUUCAGAAAGUCCCGGGUUCGGUUUGAACUCUGAAGGUCCGGGUAUGGGGAAUGGACGCGGGAAAGGCCAAGACUUCGAUGACCCUUUGGUUAACGCAGGCAAAUUCCUGUGGAGUGGAAUCACGGGAGCGGUACCAUCCAAUUUUGAUUUUCUACUUGAACUAGUUAGUAUUAAGGACGUUGACGUAGUAUUGCUAUCACCAUUUGCAUUCUCACGCUUACAACUUAUCACGCUAUCAUUACCACCCCGUUAUUUGGAUGGGACUUGAAUUGGACGAGUGGUCCGAACUCAACACAUACGCAUUGCUCAUAUACAACACAGGUAAAAUCCGCGAAAAGUACAGUCCAGAGUGCGUUGCAGGAGAAUCAAGGUGGUGGCGGAGGAGGAGUGCCACAACCGGUUACCGCGGAUAAUGAAUUCUACUAUGACCAGGUGACCAAACGAUGGGUUAGACGAGGACAAGAACAGGUACCAUUUUCUUUGGUAAGACGAGGAAGACAAAAACAGGUAUUGGGUCUAUACUUUUUUUUGUAUUCACCGUACAUCUCCGUUUUUGUUCCGAGAUAGGCUCUUCUCAGUUUGGUACUAGGUGUGUGUAUCUCUCGACCAGGAAAUGAAUCUAUUUGAAACAAGAUAAAAUCAAAAUUCUUUGGAUUAUGACAAUUUCCCCUUUUGUUUCAUGUCUGCAAAACUAAACAGGCCUGUCUCUUCAGCAGGAAAUGAAUUCAUUUAAAGUGAGAUAAAAUCAAAACUUUUCUGAAAUACAACAAUUUCAUUAAGUUUUGUCAUGUUUUGAAAAUUGAAGAUGCAUGUGCGUCUACCAGAAAAUGAAUUACUUGAGAGUGGGAUAAAAUCUAAAUUUUUCAUGUCGUUAAUUUUGAGUAUGUCUAUCUUUCUCAGGUUAUGAAUUUACUUAAGAUAAUCAAAGUUUUUUGCAGCGUUACAAGAGUUUCAACGACAAUUUCCAAUCCGCUGGACACAGGCAUCUCUCCAGUCCGCUGAGCUUUACGACCCGAAUACUGGGCGCCUGAAGCAGGAAGCUCCUGAGAAUAUCGCGCCACCGCCGACGGUGGGUCAAUUAUGGCCUAAGAAGUUUCCUGUGUCAGCAGGCAUAAUGUUUCUUGAGCUUAGCGCGCGCGCGCGGCUUAAAUAAAACAUCUGGGAUCUACGGUGUUCAUCUCCGAGCCCUUUUUUUACAGUACAGUGGUUCCUUUCUGAGAAAAAUCGAGAAAGUAACGACCUUGAUAGACUACUAUUAUAGGAGGUGCCAUCUACAUCUUCUAACUCAGAUGGGUGCGUAUCAGCAAAAUGCGAUGCCGCAGAUGAGGACGCAAGGGCGUUACGUGGAUGUACUGGGGUCUACGGGGAGAGGAAACGCUUUUAGGUAGGACAUCUGGUUCUAGUACUCUCCACAAGUUAUACUUCUCCUGUUGCUGUUCGUCGGUACAAAAUAGUACUAGAACAUAGCAUAGAAGAAGAUACUAUAAGUAGUGAUCAAUUGAUAAUGCUCAGGUCGUCAAAGCAGAUGUAUUAAUGUUCUGGUCAAUGUAUUGAUUUUCACCGUGUUGAUUCGUGUUUUUUCAGUAAUCUCAGAUCCAAGUCGUGAAAUACGUAAGAUUUCUACUACUUUGAGAAUACAAAACGUCGUCUAGAUCAAUAAUUCAGUUUCUUGUGACAAAAAUUGUAUCCUUAAAUAUUUUUAGAGGUUCACAGCCCCAUUGGAAGUCACGAUAUGUCUCUCAUUGACCUCUACCUCUCCUCAUGAUAGACGAUCAUAAACUACAAGCAGACCACUAGUAUCAUACCCCGAUUUGAUACAGCAAUGAACCCAGAUCCCCACUGACCCGAUGUUUUGUGUACCCCGUCGAGGGAGGAGGAGGCUUCUUUUUCUAGCUACUAGAAGUUCUAACUUCUAUUUGAAGCUUGUCGACAGGAGAACAACUACUGUUGUUGCGUCGACUAAGCACAAAUGUGUCGUGCUGAUGAUCCUCAGCUGCUCCAUUGAUGUAAGAAAAGGUUCAGCGGUCUUGCGAUGAACUGCUUUCAGAGGUCGCAAGAUAAAAAGAGGACAGUCUCUCUACCCAUAAUUUAUUCUUGAAAUCGAGAAGUCUUAAACUGUCGUAGCAUCCCUCCUUUCCCGUACUACCAAUGGUUGUUCGAUGGUCCGUCUCCAGAACGGACCAAAUUCGCAUUCAGACACACGAGAAAC